UUCCUUGAAAGAGUUUUCAUUUGAUUGACGAUCAUAGGAUAGCUUUGUGUUUGUGUGACAAUGGCAGGAAAAAUGGUGCUCAUUCUUGUCGCAAUCGCUGUUGUGGGAUCGAUGAUCACGGCCAAUGCAAGCUUCUUCGAUGCUUGGGCAGGGCCUGGGUGUAACAAUCGGCUGGAGCGCUACCGCGCUUGUGGAUGCAACAAUGUUGGAGCCUCGCAGCACGGCGGCUACAGCUUUGCGUACCAGGGCCAGACUGCUGCGGCCUACAACACGGCAAACUGCCGAGGUGUGGCACACACACGGUUUAGUAGCUCUGUGCAGGACUGCUCGGGCUUUGGAUGGAGAAGCAUCUUCAUCCAGUGCUAAAGGGCUCCAUGGCUCAAAUCAAAUUGCCAAAUAAAAGAGAAAAAUCUUCCAUGUAAUACUACAUUGCAGCUCUUUAG